UCGAACGCAGCCUGUAAAGAGUCACCUGUUAGUGCUGAAGUGAAAGUAGUUUAAAACGUCACAAUGCCGAGACUAAUCCAUCCUCCUGAGAGCAUUUAUAACCUCAUUCCCAAAGUGGAGGUGAAACCUGAAAAACCUCCAAGAUACACGUCAAAGUUCAGUGAGCAGGUGAAGCAGGAGACACAGCAGAACAAAGUGCCCAGAAAGACCAUGGGUCCAGCUAAAGUGGAAAUGGCUUCUCCAGAGAAAUACCUGCAGAAACACUCCAAAGAGCCCAAACUUCCUGAGAAGAAGCCGUUCUCAUACAGAUACGACGUCCUGCCCAAGAAACCGCCGGUCCCCACUAAAACUGAGUGUCCGGUCCUGAACGUCCACACCAACAGAGACAUUGUGAGAAGUAACGUGGAGGAGAACAUAAAGGCAGUUCCACGUAAACCGCUUCCUGCUCAAGCAUACACCAGACACGGGGACAAGGAGCUGCUGGAGAACUCGGGCCUCGUCCCAAAGUUCACCAGGAAAGAGGAUUACGGACAGAUCCCACAGUACCUGACCAAGAGGCAGGAGGAAGAGAGGCGAGCGCAAGAGGAAUACGAUUGUUAUGUGAAACAGAGAAUGAAGGAGGGAGCCAUGAAGCAGGUCUCUGAGGAGGAAAGACAGGAUAUACUGAACGGGCUGAAGAAGAACUGGGAUGAGCUCCAUCAUCAGUACCAAGGUCUGUCUUUGGUCACAGACACAAUACCUAAGAAAUACAAGAAGGAGAGACUGGAGUCAGAAAUGAAGCAGCUGGAGAAAGACAUCCAGCUGAUGGAGAAAUACAAAACUAUCUACAUCAAUAAAACCUGAUCCUGACACCUGAUGGAGCAGAUUAAUCACACCUGUAGAAGUGGCUUCACCUGGUCACACGCUGUGUUUCUAAAAGCUGCUCUUAUAC